GCAGGUCUGUGUUGAAAGAAGCUGCGCUCGGUCAGAACAAAUACCUUGUUGACAUUGCUGCUGGAGGAGACGCAUGGACUUGAACAAGAUGUUCCAAGAGAAGUUUCGGUUCUAUGCCAGACCGGUGCUGGCAUUUACAACAGCAGCCGCAGUUCUUCUACUGUUGUAUGUUAAGGGACCUAGACUAAACAAUAAUUAUUGGAAGACACAGGGACCUUGUAUUACCAGUCUGAACACAAAGAUGGAUAACAUUCAACAUUCAGUUGGUGAGUUGUCUGUGGAUAUAAAAUCACACCAGAACAAGGUACCAGCUCGAGUUCCAAGUCCAGUUCCAGCGAAACCUACGCCAAGACAAGCAGUUCAAGCUCUGCCCUUUAAGAAGAAGAUUCCAUGGCAGGGGAUUGCGUACAAAAGAACAAAUGGAUCAUGGGUAGCAGACGACAGUAUGUGUACAGAAGACGAAGUGUUUGAUCAGGCGACUCUCAAAACACCCGCUGGAAAUACGCCCAUCUUCAUCCACGAUGUCGUCAAAGAUCACUCGGUCUCUAAAUACUUGAAGACUGUUGGCAACUGGGAGCCGGAUGUCAUGUACACUGCUUUUGAAGCACUGAAAGAUAAUAAAGAUCACGUGUUUGUCGACGUCGGAGGCAAUAUUGGAACAUUCAGUCUUGCUGCUGCUAAACUGGGGCACAGGGUCAUCUCUGUUGAGCCCUAUGCUAUGAACACCAAACGCCUGUGCCGAGGAGUGGUAAAAGGUGGGUUUGCUGGACAGAUGUUUGUCAUUCACAAUGCAAUGUCUGAACUCCGAGAAACGCUUUCAUUUAAGCUCCACCCUAAUGAUAUUGCAAUGACCCGUGUUGAGAAAGUUACUAACUCAACUUCAAACACAGAUACCGUAACUUCCAUACAGAUGAACGAUCUUCUGGAGCUGUUUGACAUGAAGUCAGCUGUUAUAAAGCUGGACUGUGAGGACCACGAAGUGGAGGUGAUGAAGGGUGCAGAGAUUUUUUUUCAAAAAGUCGAUGUACGCAUGGUGCUGAUAGAAUGGGAUAAACUUAUUGUAAACCAGGGAACACUGUAUAUCAUAGAAAUGAUGAAGAGAUUUAAUUUCAAACCAUACAACCUCGGGAAAAACGCAAAAGCCUUGGAUAUGUCUGAGUAUACUCGAUGGAAAAAUAGGAACGUUGUGUUUAAGAAAGUAUAAACUCAACUGGAAUGUGAAUGAAGACAGAUUGUAUAUGCGCGCCAUUAGUGAUGUCAUUUGAUUGUGACGUCAUGGUAACAAUGACGUCACAAUGGUCUGCAAAGCAUUGUGAUGCAAUUUCAUCUUUGAUCUCACCCAAGCGAUAUCUCCUGUGGGAGCCAGUUUUG